CCACCGUUCUCCUCCUUCCUGAUUCGAGUGUGGGGAACAGGCUGUGGGUGGAUAAUAACACCGGAAGUGACGUCUGGAUCCGUGCUUGGGUUGGUGGUUUCCUGGGUCAUAACGGGACCGAUAUUUCGUGUAGACAUUAUAUGUUGCCAGGACAGAGUUAUUCCUUAUUUAUUUGUGGGUCAGUAAAUAGAAUCACCCCUGUGUCACAGCCGCUGCUUCCCAAGCAGAGAUGAAUGGACAGACUGAUGAUGAGGUGGACUACAAGCGAAAAUACAAGAAUCUCAAGCGCAAGCUCAAGUUCCUCAUUUAUGAACAGGAAUGUUUUCAGGAGGAGCUGAGGAGAUCCCAGAGGAAACUACUGAAAGUCUCCCGAGACAAGAGUUUCCUAUUGGACAGAAUAAUGCAGUAUGAGAAUGUGGACGAGGAUUCAUCAGACUCUGAUGUGACUGCAUCGUCAGACAACAGUGAUGUGGAAGGGGGCCGUGGGCCAAGCACCCCCCCGAGCAAGAGGAAGCGAAGUCCUCCGGCUGGCUCUGCCUCCCCACCCCCAACCUCCUGCUCAUCUGGCCUGUCUCUGCACACAGCGGGGGGGCCAUACCUAAGUGCGAUGAGCUCACCCCCUUACACCCCGUUUCCCUCGGAAUAUCUGGCUCCUCUACCCAACUCCACACCCCCCAAACCUGAACGUGCCAAGAAAGAUGUGAAGAAUCGUGGGGUUAAACCUAAGAAGCCUAAGCAGAUACCUCUCAGCUCUUCUCCCAGCUGCGGUGGAGUCCUUCCUUUCAGCCCUCGUUCAUCCAGUCUCCCGCCCCUUUCCUCCUCUAGCAAGCACACCCCAACCAUCCUCAGCACUGUACCCCAACAGAUGUUCAGCGACGGAGGAGAAGGAAGUGGGGAUGAAGGUCCGGAUGGGGACGAGGAGGAUGAUCUAGUUAUAGACAUUCCUGAAUAAACACGUCCACUUGGUGAAUUUUAUUUCCUUCUAAACCUUCUGUCUAUUGACAAUUUCCCCUAUUUCCAGCUUUAAAAUGUAAAUAUUUUGUAAUAAACUUAUUCAAGCUGA